AUGGAUAUUCAUCGUUGCAGAUUUGUUGAUUAUACUCCACAUACAAUCACAUCAUUGGCAUUUUCUCGUAAAUCUUCAUUGACAUCACUCCCAACAGCGGAUGUACGAUUAGCUGUUGGAAGAAGUAAUGGUGAUAUUGAAAUUUGGAAUCCAAGACAUAAUUGGACUCAUGAAUUGACCUUACCUGGUUCAAAAGGUAGAUCUAUUGAAGGGUUAUGUUGGAGUUAUAAUGAACAAGAUCCAUCAGAACCACCAAGAUUGUUUUCAAUUGGAGGAUCUACGUAUAUUACUGAAUGGGAUUUAGCCACAGGGAGACCAUUGAUAAAUUAUGAUUGUAAUGCAGGAAUAAUAUGGUGUAUUGAUAUUAACCCACGAAAUGAUAGAUUAACAGUUGGGUGUGAUGAUGGGUCUGUUGUUAUUGUUGAUAUUUCUGGAGGUAGAGGAUCUUUGGAAUAUGAUUUGAUUUGUCAAAGACAAGAUGCCAGAGUAUUGAGUGUGAAAUGGGCUGGUAACGAGCAUAUUAUUGGUGGAUGUGCUGAUGGUAGAAUUAGAAGUUGGAGUAGUGAAGGUGAUACCAAGGGAAGACUUGUAGCUACUAUGAAAGUUGAUAAGGCAAAAACUGAAAGUACUUUGGUUUGGUCUUUAACAGUAUUACCAAACAAGAGACACUUUGUUAGUGGAGAUUCUACUGGAUCUAUAAAAAUUUGGGACUUGACCCGUUUCACAUUGUUGCAAACUUUCAAAGUGCAUGAUGCUGAUGUGUUGUGUUUAGUUCAUGAUGUGAAGGAAGAGAAAAUAUUCAGUGCUGGUGUUGACCGAAAGAUUCAUCAAUUUGAUUUACUUAAGAAUAAGAAUAGUUUGAAAUGGACCCACAGUUUUAAUCGUUUAUUGCAUUCUAAUGAUGUUAGGUCUUUAGCUAUAUUUGAAAACAAGAGCUACAAUUUAUUAGUUAGUGGAGGUGUUGAAAGAGCGAUAGUGAUUCAAAAUAUUGAAACGUUUUACGAUGGUAAAUACAAAAAAUUGUUGAUUAAUCAACAACAGUCCAACACUUUGAUUGUCCCAGAUUCAAAAUUGAUUAUUUUGUGGCAAGAUCAGACCAUAAAAGUAUGGAAAGUUUUACCUACUGGCAAACACGUAUUAAUGAGCAAACUUACUUUAUCUGCUGAUGAAAACAUUACCAGUGUUGAUUUUAAAGACAAUUUAUUGGUAGUUGCCAAAAUGACGUCAGUAAGAUUCUUUGAAUUAAUUGAAAUUGACAAUAAAUUUAAAGUUCAAAAGAUAAGAGAUGACAAGUUUGACAGUUUGAUUGAGGGAGCCAAAAUUGUCAAAUUCAUUGAUGCUAACAAAGUUUUAAUUCUUACUUCUGACGAAGAGUUGUACACAUUUGAUAUAGAUAGUGAAGAAGGGAAAAUAGAAUUAAAUGGCGAGAUAGAAUUAUUGGAAUCUAACCAACAACAGCAACAGCAGCAGCAACGCAAAAACCAACAUUUGUCGCGUAUCAACAACCUAGUACUCACCCCAAAUAGAAAGCAAAUUAUCAUUUCCAGAUUCAACGGAUUUAUUGAAGUAUACCCUGUUCUUAAUACUGAAAGUGAGGCAUACGUUCUUACAAAAUUAUCAUCCUAUCCUCAUUUAAUUGAAUGUGUUAAUGAUGAAAAACUUGUUGUUGUUAAUGAAGAGAACAAAAUAUUUGAAUUUUUCAUUAAUGACAAAGAUGGCCAAUUAUUAACUCCAUGGUCAAGAAGAAAUAGUGAAUUCUUACCAAGACAAUUUAUGUCAUUACAAGAUAAACCGGAAGGAAUGUUUGUUCAGCAAGAAAAAUUAUGGGUAUACGGAUCGACAUGGUUGAGUUUUUUCGAUUUGUCGAUGAAUAUUCCAAUAUCAAAAGUUUAUAAGAAUACUUCUACUUCUAAAAAGAGAAAUCAUGAUGGGUUAUCGAUGAAUGAAGAAAUAGGCGAAUUAGAAGAUGAAACUGAAGAACUUAUAGAAUCCUCAUUAAAGCAAAGUGAAAUAGAUAGAUUGAGACAACAAAUUCAAAUCGAAGAUAAAGAUAAUCAAAAUAAUGCUGCUGAUAAAGGUAAAACUAAGAAACCGUUUUGGAUUACGGAAAAAUAUAGACCAAUUAUGAAAGCUGCUAAUUUUGGUGAGGGUGAUAUCAUUGUUGUAGAACGUCCAUAUUCGUCAUUACAAACAGGUCCAGCAUUUGAUUUACCAAAAAUCAAAGUUUAA